UUAAAGGAAUCCCUCCAAAAGAUCAGAGAAAUUUUGUCUUUUUUCUUCAAUCGCCUAUUUCGAUCAGACACCUACAACGCAGAAGCACUCCAGGAGGCGAGGAGAGAGUCGACUCGAGUCGGUGAGAUGGGAAGGGGAAAAUUCAAGGGCAAGCCCACUGGGCGCCGCCACUUCUCAACCCCUGAAGAUCUAAUGUGUACGUUUUUCAAUUACGAGUAUUUACGUUUGCUUAGGAUCUGGUCUUGACUUAGCUUCGGUGUUUGGUAUGGUAGCCGAUGUUGUGGAUACGAAGAAUUGAUUGUGAAUGUUUGGAGUUUUACUUGUGUCCUUUGUUGGGAUAUUGUCCUUUAUUUUGGGGGAAAUUGUUAGGAUGGAGUUUAUUCUUAAUGACGUUCAUUAGCGCUGACAGCAUUUGAAGCCCUUGAUUUGAUUUGGUUGUUAGCUGUGGUUAGGGUUGUCUUUUGCCUACACCUCGGUAAUAUUUCCAUUUACGAUUUUCCUUUGUACAGUGAAUUAUGAACAGCUGAUGGGCUUAAUUAUCAAUAUAGGGAAUCUUUUUUUAUAUAUUUUUAGGUUUUCCCUUCCAAUCGAUUCUGUCCACAAUUGCAUGUGCUUUAUUCAGAAAAGACUUGGUUUGGGAAUAUAUAUUUUAUUCCCAGAAUUCUGUAGAAGUGUAUAAAACAAACAUAUUAUUCGGAGUCUUACAUUUACUGAACCUGUCCCUUAACCAUUCUUAAUCUUAAGAGUUUCAAUCUUUCGAUUUUCAAGAAUUCAAACAAACAGAUGCAGUAAUGAAUCUUGUAGUCUGGCCUAAUCUAAUUAAUCCACCAUCUCCUUUCUUGUUCUUCCAAACAUAACACAAUACAGUAGUUGCUGCAAUUUUAUUAGAACAAAAAUAAAUAAAUAAAUAAAAUAUAAUUUAGAAAAAGAAACUUUAUUAAAACAAAGAGAGGAGGGAGAGGAGCCAGCCCAUACUGUGUGCAUAUUUUUAUCUACUUUCUUGGACAACAUGCAUCAACAGCCUUAUGUAACCGCUAGCUGCAACAUUUUAAUUUGGUAGACGAUGACUGAGAUGUCUUUUCAUUACAUUAUUAUUAUUCAUUAUAUAUGAUUUAUAUAUACUUUUUCUUUUUCAAUCUUCUUGUUUGAUUAAACAAAAAUUGGAUCACACAUAUACAAUUUGCGCUUUUCUGGUAGAGGCUUAUGCUUGGUCGAUUAUUCCUCCCACCAUAGAGCCUACGUAGAUUUAAAGUCUUCAAUUCACAGUCCACUAGUUAGAUUUUCUGCUUCUUUUAUUACAAUUCAAGAAUGUGCUUGUCAAUGUUGGAAUUUGAUGCUCAAUGGGUUCUUGUUGUCUUCUCUCUGUUUACUCAAUCUGGAUAGGAAUGAGAUAACCUUGGAACAAAACGCCCGUGUUGACUUUAGCCACAGGAACAACUUCCUUAGACGCGCCCGUGUUGAAUUUGAAAUGUUUUUCUUAUCGUAUAUAUAUAUAUGUAAAUAAUACUGCGAAGUGCUGGUAAACCUCACUGUGCCCAAAUUCACAUUACCCAUGGCCAUGGCUGCUGCACCUCUCUUCAACUUUCUAACUCGUUCACCUUUCACUGAAAAAUCUGCUGUGAUAUCACUCUCCAUGAGUGCACAAUGUCGCUCAAUGCAGCCCCGCUCCUCUUUAUCGUCCAAUAAUCAACCGCUGUCGUCGGAGCAAGCGGUUCUCGAAGCGGUUGCGAAUUUCGAUGCUAAUGAAAAAACUCUGCCGGCCGUGAGGACGUUUGAGAAUGAUUUGGCAAGGCUAACCGUAGUUGGUGCUGUCGACUUCCAGCAGGCUCUUACUGCUGCUGCUGCAGAUGGCGGAGAAGCCGCCGAUGAGCAUAUAUCUUCUGGUCUCACUGCCAUGGUUGUGGAAAUUGUCUAUCCCGGCCAAUCUGAGGACCGUAGCACUGUUUCAACACGAUUGUUUUUACCCGCUAGGAAAGUGAAAGAGAAGGCUAUAAAGCUUAAGAAAUCACUGGAAAAGGAAGUCCUGGACGGGACUAUGUCAAAAAAUAUACUUGCCAUGACUUUCAGACAAGUAGUUUUGCAGCAUCUUUGGAGUCUUGACCUGACACUUUUUAGCCCCGGAAGUGAAAGAAAUAUGAAUGAUCUUGAAAAUCCAAGAGAGCAGGUACCUGAAUUGUUGAACCUCAGUUCAUCAGAUGAAAGGAUCGUUUCUGUCGUGGCAGAGGUUGUAUGCACUGCUGCCCUUGAAAGCACCGAAAGAAAUUUCUUUCCUGGAUCGUCUAUGAACAUGGCAAAUAGGUUCUUUAGUUUGUCUAAAGCGUACAAACGGAUCUCAUCCAGAGAUUCCUCUGUUGUGCUGUAUAAUCUUCUUGAACAUGAGAUUAUUGCUAAUGCCGGGACAUUGCUAAAAAUGUUUUCCUCGGAAAGGGGGAAAGUUAAACUUAUGGAAAGAAAAUUAAAGAACAGUUGGUGGACAUCAUCUGCAUUCUUGAGAUUGCAAAAAAUUGGUGGCCCUGAGUUUUGUUCUUGGAUAAGUGAAUGUGUACCUUCAUACAUGUUAGAAAUUGAUGCCAAUAAACUCAGUGGUGUGAAGUUUAAAGGGUGGAAGAGAACGAAAGAAAAUAGAUGGGGAAUUGUUCUUACACAUUCCCAAAUGGUUGGAUUGGCUGACAUUUUGGAUAUGUACUAUGAGGAUUUGUAUACGCUACCUAGUAAGAAACUAUCAUGUUACGCCAUGACAAAACCAUCCAACCUGACCACGAAUAAGGGCCCUUCUUUGUUAAAGUUGUUUGCAACUGUCCUUGUGAGUGGUAUUUUUCUAAUGACAAUCAGUGUUCUGAGUAAACUUCAUCCACAUUUGCCUAUUGGAAAGAAACAUAUUCAAGAGAACUCCAAGCAACUAUCAUCUGACAUGAGCUGUACCCCCAUGAACUCUGUGGAUCCCUCUGAGCUGGAAGCAUGCUGCGUCGCAAUAAUUCAUAAAUUGAAGGAUUCUUAUGGUUGGCCCGGAGAAAUAUUCAAAGACUCUGGGGCAUGUGCAUGGAUUGGUGAACUUCCCAAAUUUCUGAGGAAAGUAGAUGAUAAUAGCUCCAUUAUGAACGACAUUUUAUCAAAUUUACCACCAGGAACAAGUUCUGAAGAGAUGAAAGCCUUGGAAGAUAUCGCAAGUUAUCAGGUUGUGGUGUCCGCUGACUGGAAAAUCAUUGGAUUUCAACCAACCAAUCGUAUUUCAGUUAAUAAUUGGGCAUCAAACCCAUUGGCAAGAGAACUAUACGGCGGAAAGAAUCUUUCUCCCGGGUUGAUAGAACCUCGUCUCAACAUCAGACAUCCCCAUGGAGGAGCAGUUGUAGCUUUGGAGCUGUUGAUGUCUUUAAAUCCCAAUUCUUGUUUUGCUUUGGUUAGGUCUUUGGAGCAGUAACACUGUGGGAUAUUUAUAUAUUUAUUUUUAACAAUUUAACUGUUAUUUA